AAGCGAGCGGGAUAAGUCUACAUGGAAGAUACAGCGUCUGCUUCGCAUCAUUUUAACUGAACAGUAAAAGUAAUUUAAACAAAAUAUGUGAGGUUAAGUUUCAUCAUCAUAUAUCAACAGACAGGAUGUCUAAAUCUUAUGCGUGUGCUAUAUGCACCAAACGUGUGGGCCCAAAAGAAAGGAGGAAAUUAAAAACAGAUGGCAAUAAACAACUUAUAAAGUACUUGAGAAAGCAUAUGCUAUUGACAGACGAAGUAACAGAGAAAGACGUUGUUCAUAAUUCUUGCCGUCUUAAGUAUACAGCAGAAUCGGCGGCGUCAAGAUUAAGUGCAUCCCCAAAGAAAAAUCCACAACAUGAACCGUCUGACAAGAAAUCGCCGUUUCAAUUAAACAUUAAAUCAGCUGGGUUCAGCCAUACUAUAUGUCCUAUAUGUAACAGGAAGGGCGCUCGGUCCGAAGGGUUUGUAACCAUACCGGGCGAGGCGAUAAUGCAACUGUUUAUCAACAAAAACAUUUUGUUGAAAAAAAAAUCGCGAUGUUGUAACACUCACAUGAGUGGGGGCAAGUUUACACCAGAGACCCUUUCUGCUGAUAUUCAAGGAAAAAUUAGAUCCACAACAUACAUGGAACCUGAACAGAUAAGCAGUUUAAUUAACUCGCUACGGCAAAGUGCGACACAACGUCAAAAAUCUUGCAUCGAUUUUGACGACCCAUCCACAAUGACGGAUGCUGAUUAUUGGAAUCUUACUGGGUUGACGAAAGACCAAUUCUCAACUCUUAUCGGUGAUGUAGACGACAUACGGACAACAAAGACCAGGUCCAUUCGAACAUGCAUCGCAGUGCUCCUAGUCAAACUAAGAACUAGUUUAGGGAAUGCGCUGCUCAGCACUUUGUUCAACAUGACGUUUGCGCAGAGAGGAGAUAAGAACGACCCAUACACGACCUCUAGCGCAAGAAUUGUUCGCUGCAUCUGA